GAGCACGUGUUUGAGGUGCUGAAGGGGUUUGUUCUGAAUCAACAUGGCGGCUGGAUCGGGAUCCAUUGUUUUGGCUGAGAAGUUGCAGGGUCUCAAUGGGCUUUUUGCUAUUCACAAAAAGAAAGGCCCCACUUCAGCAGAUGUGCUGAACCUCCUGAAAACGAAACUUUUAAAAGAGGCUGGCAUCAAACAACAUCCAAUGAAAAGAAAAAAACAAGUUCUGAAGCUGGGACACGGAGGAACCCUUGAUAGUGCAGCAUCAGGAGUGCUUGUGGUUGGCAUUGGCAAAGGGACCAAAAUGCUCAGUGGAAUGUUGUCCUGCUCCAAGAAAUAUACAACAGUUGGGGAACUUGGAAAGGCCACAGACACACUUGAUGCUUUAGGGAUGGUGACAGAAGAACAAUCAUAUGAUCACAUAACAAAGGAUGAUCUGGAAAGUGCUCUGAAGAAAUUUGCUGGAAACAUUAUGCAGACUCCUCCAUUAUAUUCUGCUUUGAAGCAAAAUGGGCAACGGCUUUCCUGUUUGAUGAAGAAAGGAAAAGCUGUAGAAGCUAAACCUGCCAGGCCUGUUGUGGUUUUCAGUCUUUCUGUACAGGAUUACAAUCCUCCUCUCUUUACUUUAAAUGUUGAAUGUGGAGGUGGCUUUUAUGUCCGCAGUUUGGUUAAUGACCUUGGCAAAGAGCUUUCUUCAUGUGCCCAUGUGAAGGAGUUGAUCAGAACCAAACAGGGUCCUUUCACAUUGGAUGAACAUGCACUUCAAGAGGAGAAUUGGACAAUAGAUGAAAUAGUAAAAGCCGUAGAGUCCUGCACGCAAUUAGUUUCAUCUGAAGCAGCAUGUAAGAAAUUGAAGACAAACUCUCAGGAAAUCACUGAACAAGUAGAAGAAGCUGAUUGAUGUUCAGAUGCAUUUCUUCAUGAAAAAACAAAAUAAAGAAUACAAUGUAAUCUGAAUUAUUCUGCUGUUCUCUUCACAUUCUGAAAGUUGAACAAGUCUGAAUAACAGCACUUUGAAAGUUCACUUUGAAAAUGCCGAACUGUUAAGCCUUUGUGUUGCACAAUUAAUCUGUAAUCCAGCUUCACAAUCUCAAAGCUGUUGCUCCUCAGAUGGACUUUGUCAUCAAGGGAGAUUCAGUCAACAUCUAUGAGACUUUGCUCUGUUGAAAUGUUAAUGUUACAUAAUUUUCCCUUUAUGCAAGAUAUGAAUAACUCUUGAAUAAUUAGGCAACUUCUGUUACUGUUGUUGAAGCUGUAUGUUUGAUGAUUAAUCAUUUUUUCAUUGACGUGAAUCGGUCAUUUAUAACCCUGGAUGUGAAUAUUUUGGUAUCAGAUCGUAAAGAACCUUUUCCUUAAGCAUGCAGUGUAUCUUGUAAUAUCCUCCUCCUCAUGAACAAUGAUGGCCUAGUUGAUUUACAAAUGACCCCUUCACUCCCUUAGACAAUUCAUUCCUACACCAUAUAUAUUUUGUAUAAAAUGUCUGUUACAUCCAGCCAAUCAACUUCUAUUACAGAUACAAAACAACAUUUGUUAAAAAGGCAAUUGGUCACUGUCCUUAAGUCUGAAAUAUACAAGCCAUUACAGCUACCCUGCAACAACAGUUUGAAUAACUGCAAUUAUCUGGAUUUACUUCAAGAGUUUUAGCCUUAAAAGGACAGGCUAAGUUAGCAGCUCAACAUCACAACAUGCUCUUGCCCCGAGUCUGCUUUUUUGAGUAAUGCUAUGGAAGGUCCUUCAGUUACUCAAAAUAUUGAAUGCCUGUGUGAUUUUUCUGAUGUUUUGGAGAAUCUCCCAGAAAAGGUUUCAAGUCCUUGCAUGGAUAACUUUGCAGUUCAGUCUGGCCACUCAUAUUCAAAAUGAAUAGAAAUAAAGCCAGUCCUGAUACAGAGCAGCAACUUAGCCAAACUAGGUUUCUUGCAAGCUUAUAAAUAUCCUCAUAGAAUCAUCAUAAAAGAAUUACUAUUUCAGAACAGUAACUAAAAACUCUUGAGCAAUCCUAGCAGAUGUCAGCUGAUGAGUUUAAACAUUUAUUAUAAGUUAUUGUAGAAGGUCUUGGAUAUCAACCCAAUUUCUACAGUAAUAUACAUGCCAUUUGUUAACAAAAUGGAUUUAGUGCAAUAUUUCUCCAUUGAAGAUGUGGGACUUCAGGGAUCCAAGUUGCAAAUGUGUUUUUUUUUAAAAGAAAAUUGCUUCAAAGGUUUGAAGAAAUUAAAGAAAUGUUUUAAAAUUU